GACGUCUUGAGAGCCUUUGUAUGGCUGGGGAUUCCACCCAUGCACAGCAUGCUGAAUGUGUUUGAUUCAGAGCUUUGCAGACAGGUCUGGGAUCUAGACUCCAGUCAGGUUCUGCAGGUGGGGGACCUGUGGUGAUAUCUGGGUCGGGCUGUGCCACAGUACUUGGACCUUGCCUACAGCAGGCUAGGACUGCGGUGCAGAGAGCUGACCCUGCCUCAGCUUGUACAACUGGUUUACCUCAUAGGGGAAGGCAGGAGAGUCCCAUAGGAGCUAAUGCAGAACCUGGAGGUCCUGGUUCUGAGGUUCUUGGAUCGGAUGACUCCUGAGGAGCUAGGAGCAAUGUGUCUGGGCUUCUUCAAAUCCAAGAGUAUGCUCUCUGAGCAGGCCAUGCACAGGGUUGGGGACAGAGCCAAGGCCUUGCUGGAGGAGAUGAGCAGCUAUGCUGUAGUGAAUGUACUCAAGAUGCUCCGAUACAGCCAUGUGGGUCAUGUGGGAUUCCUGAGGAGACUAGGAGAGGUGGUCCCAGAGAGAGCCCCCUCGAUGGGAGCUCAGGGACUCAUGCACAUUGCCUUGGCCUGCUCCUCCUUGCACUAUCUCGACGAGAGGAUCUUUAAAGCCGUAGCUGCUGAGGUGCCUGUUAAAGUUGCUAAGUGCUGUAGCAAAGACACUGCCAAGUUGCUCUGGGCCUUUUCCUCCCUGAACUACCAGCCCAGCAAUGCAGAAUCCUUUUUCUCCAGCAUCACGCAGCAGCUGCGUGUGAAAGGCACUGAGUUUUAAAGGUGCCCUGAGCACCUCUUGACUGGGCUUUUCGCACUAGCUUUCGUUGGUCACUUUCCACAUAGCCUCAUAAACCUUGCCCCGAGUCCUGGCUUUUUGAAACUAGCUGCCGAGUCCACCCAGUUAGAGCUGAAGAAGGACCUCUUCACCCUGGAUGGCACAGUGGAGCUGGAGCUGCCUGGAUAUGUUGGCCCCCAUCUUACAGAGGGAAUCUGCACAGGGGUGACUGAGAUGCUGUGGGGAUUUGCCAGCCAGGACGUGUGCCAGAAAGCAGAAGUGCGAGAGGCUGAGACCCUGCUGCAGUCCAUGCUGGGGGCCCUCGGUAUGUGAAGAACCACAUGAUCCUGCCACACAUGAGGUCCAGUGACCUGGCGAUCCAUCUGGACUCCGCAGGCAAAGCCCUGCCCUUCAACACAUAGUCUGCCGCAGCCCUGGAUCCGGGUAAACCGCAUGAGCGGAGCAUCAGGAAGUGGGAGAUGAAGCACGUAGGAGUGCCACUCACUGAUGAUCUAGUGUCUCAGCUCCUGAAUGUGAAGAGCAGUAGAAGCACCCCUCAGCCUGCACCUGAUGAGAGCGGCAGUGGUGGCCCCAGGACUCUGGAUUGCACGAGUCCAACAGCAGGAGAGAGCAGGAGGGAGUUCUUCAGUGGUGUUGACCUGACUGAGGUGCACCUUGAUGCCAUGACAGGGUCCCCCAGCUCCAGAUCCCCCCUCUCCACCCUAUCGGAUCCCCCCUCUCCCUUCCCUAGAGUGCGCAGACUGGCGGUCUAGGUCUCGAACCGGAACCAGUUCCGUUACGGGUCCCGUCACCUACUGGGGCUUCAUGCUAUGAAGAGAUGGCAGCUGAGCCAGGCUGGCUACACGGUGCUGGAGCUGCCCUUCUGGGAGUGGUUCCCUCUGCUCAGGCGCACACGCUCUGAGAAACUCACCUAUCUCCAUUGCAAGCUCUACAGGACCCUUGACUGAACAGGCACAAAAAACAGGGUCAGGGAAUAAGCCAUUCGAGGCUUUACUCUGAUCAGAGUUCAAAUGGGUGUGCUGUAGACAUGCCACUGAUCGCCUCUGAGUUCAUAUACAGGGUAGAAGCUCCAUGUCUUUAUUUCAAAAUGUUGGCUAUAUAAAGGGGGUAUUGUAGCCAGUGCAUAUUCUGAGCAAAGUUUAGGAAUAAAGAACAUGAU